AUGAGUAAUCAUUUACAAGUUGCAAGUGCAGCAUUUAUUGUAAUGCAUGAACUUAUGAAAAUCAAAGAAAAAAAAGUUCGACGUAAAAGACGUUUUUGGAGAUCAAAACUUUACAUCGAUAGUGAAAAUAGAGGAGCUAAUUUGUUAAAUAGUAUGCAGUCUGAUGUACACAGUUUCCAUUUUCAAAAUUUUACAAGAAUGUCAUCAGCUGAUUUUGAAAAAAUUAUUAAUCUCAUCGGGCCAAAAGUAAUCAAGCAAGAUACGAAUAUGCGUCAAGCUAUUUCGGUAACAGUUAGGCUAGCUGUGACGCUGAGAUUUCUUGCCACCGGAGAUUCAUAUAGCAGCUUACAAUAUUUAUUCGGCAUUUCAAAACAAAUAAUUUCAUGUAUAAUUCCUGAAGUCUGCAUGGCAAUCGUUGAAGUUUUAAAGGAAUAUGUAAAAAUGCCUUCCACGUCAAAUGAGUGGCUUGAUAUUUCAAGACAAUUUGAAACAACAUGGAAUUAUCCGAAUUGCAUUGGUUCUAUGGAUGGAAAGCACAUCGUCUUGCAAUCUCCAAUGAACAGCGGCAGCGAAUAUUUUAACUAUAAAUCAUUUUUUAGCAUUGUAUUGUUUGCAUUAGUCGACGCAGACUACAAUUUUCUGUUUAUCGAUAUCGGGUGUCAAGGACGUAUUUCGGAUGGAGGAGUGUUCAAAAAUACUGAAUUACACAAAAAAAUAGAAAGGGAGAAAUUAAACUUGCCCUCACCAGUACCUUUGCCAGGGAAAAAUGUAGAUAUACCUUUCGUUUUUCUUGCAGAUGAGGCUUUUGCCCUUACAAAACAUAUUAUGAAACCGUAUUCUGGAACCCAUGAUAAAGGUACAAAAGAAAGAAUAUUUAAUUACCGGUUAAGUCGUGCUCGACGAACUGUUGAGAACGCAUUUGGCAUCUCAUCUGCCGUCUUUCGUGUUCUAAGAAAACCAAUGUUAUUGGAACCUCAAAAAGCUCAAAUUGUGGUUAUGGCAGUUGUUUACUUACAUAAUUUUUUAAGACGUAGUAAAUCGUCAAGAAACAUCUAUACCCCACCUGGAUCGUUUGAUAGAGAAGAGGAAGGCCACAUGAUACGGGGUGAUUGGAGGGAGUCUGGAAGUACUACAACUUCUUUACUACCCUUAAGAAAUAUCGCUCGUAGACCACCACUUCAAGCGCAAGAAAUAAGGGAACAUUUUGCUGAUUACUUUCUUACAAAUGGCAGUGUACAAUGGCAAAAUAUUUAA